AUGACUGCAGAGAAGAAAGAUUCAGGAGGCUCUAAAGACGUUUUCGCUGAAGAUGGCGUCCACCAGAUUCAGUACAAGACGCUCAGUUGGCAGGCUGUCAGCCUCCUCAUGAUAGCUGAAAUCGUCAGCAAUGGUAUCCUGUCUCUCCCGAGCGCACUAGCCGUCGUUGGCAUUGUGCCCGCUGUUAUUCUAAUCUUGUUCCUCGGUAUCUUUGGCAUGUACACUGCCAAGUUGCUUAUCGACUUCAAGCUAAAUCAUCCUCAUGUGCAUACCAUGGGUGACGCUGGAUACAUUAUGUUCGGACCUGUAGCUCGGGACGUGCUUGCCUUCGGAACUGUUGCUUUCGCUGUGUUUGCUUCUGGCUCUGAACUACUUUCCAGCCAGCAAGCACUGUCAACGCUUUCGAAUCAAGGCGUGUGUAGCAUGUAUCUAGUCAUCAUCACUGGUGCCAUUGGUUUCUUGAUUUCAUUACCGCGGACACUGGAUCGCUUGGCAUGGAUGGGUCUUAUCAGUGCAGUAGUCAUUACCGUGGCUGGUUUCAUUGCAAUGAUUGGAGCAGGGGUGAACCCUGUUCCUGGACGGUCUCUGACAGUCACUGCCUCCAGUAACUUUUCCGAUGCUUUCUUGGCUGUCACAAACCCUGUUUUCGCAUAUGCAGGACACUUCAUGUUUUUUAUUCUAAUAUCUGAGAUGCGUAGACCCGAGGACGCUAUGAAGGCAGCAUGGUGUCUGCAGGGUUUCGCUACAGUAUUUUAUGUUACUUUCAGCGUAGUUGUUUAUGUCUACAUUGGAAACACGGUGCAGUCUCCGGCCCUCUUUUCUCUUCCUCCGGCAUGGGCAAAGGCAACGUUUGCCAUUGCUCUCGCAAAUUUCCUGUUUUCUUCCGGGCUAUUCAUUCAUACGGCUGCAAAGCUGGUGUUUAUUCGCAUAUUUCGUCAUUCAGAGCACGUGUAUUCGCAUACCUUACUCGGAUGGGCAGUUUGGACUCUGCUGUGUUUUGCAGGCGUAACUAUCGCUGCAAUUCUCGCCAUCGCAGUUCCGAUAUUUUCCUACCUAAUCGGCAUUGCAGCGGCCCUCUUUGCCGCAUGGUACACGUAUGGUCUGGCCGGAUUCUUCUGGUUGCAUGACGUAUAUCACCUCAAGGGUGGCGUGGACGGGCUCAAACAACGGCCGAUCGGGACUACGAUUGCAGUACUCACGAUCAUUGCGGGCGCUUUCAUCUGUGUCGCUGGAACCUAUGUGUCGGUAAAGCUCAUUGUGGAUGCAUACGCCAAUGGCCAAGUUGGGAGACCUUUCGUUUGCUAG